AUGCCUGUCACAAAGUUUAACACACCAGAGAAGUAUAAAUAUCAAAAUGGUUUCGGCUCAUAUCAUGAAUCCGAAGCUGUCGCAGGUGCUCUUCCUAUAGGAGCCAACUCUCCUCAAAAGCCUCCUUAUGGUCUGUACGCCGAAAAGCUGUCCGGCACAGCAUUUACCGCACCCCGACAUGAGAAUCAACAAUCAUGGCUCUACCGAAUUCUACCAGCGGCGUCGCAUCAACCUUUUACUCCUCGCGAGACCUCCUCCUACAACACAAAUCCAGAAGGAAACAAAUUACAUCAAAUACCAAAUCAAUUGAGAUGGGAUCCAUUCGAUCUAGACGAGACGGUGGAUUGGGUACACAGUUUGAAACUGGUCGCUGGAGCUGGUGAUCCAACAUUGAAACAUGGAAUUGGAAUCUUUAUCUUCGCUGCCGGAAAGAGUAUGGACAAGAACCAAGCAUUUUAUAGUGCCGACGGAGACUUCUUGAUCGUGGCACAACAUGGAGUUCUGGACAUUCAGACCGAGCUCGGAAACCUACUCGUUCGACCAAAUGAAAUUUGUGUUAUUCCUCGAGGAAUCAGAUAUCGAGUGGAACUUCCAGAAGGACCAGUUCGAGGAUAUAUAUUGGAAUUAUAUUCAGGACAUUUCCAACUUCCAGAAUUGGGACCAAUUGGUUCGAAUUGUUUAGCCAACGCGAGGGACUUCCAAGCUCCAGUAGCUAAUUUUGAACAAAACACCAAUGGUGAAUUUAAGAUCCUGUCAAAGUUCAAUGGACACCUCUUUGAAGCUACUCAAACACACACACCAUUCGAUGUUGUAGCUUGGCAUGGACUCUACUACCCAUACAAAUACGAUCUCGGUCGUUUCAACACCAUCGGCAGUAUAUCAUUUGAUCAUCCCGAUCCCAGUAUCUUCACCGUCCUCACUGCUCCUUCCGAUCAUGUUGGUACCGCCAUUGCGGAUUUCGUCAUCUUUCCUCCACGCUGGCUCGUAGGUGAAGACACAUUCCGACCUCCCUGGUAUCAUCGCAACACCAUGUCUGAGUUCAUGGGUCUCAUCGGCGGCGAAUAUGAUGCAAAAACAGGAGGAGGUUUCCAGCCCGCAGGCGCUUCUCUACAUAAUAUCAUGUCAGCUCAUGGUCCUGAUGCAGGUACUCACGAUAAAGCAUCGAAUGCUCCACUAAAACCGGCAAAGGUUGGAGAGGGAAGUAUGGCGUUUAUGUUUGAGAGUUGCUUGAUGGUGGGGGUUACGGAGUGGGGAUUAAAACAAUGUAGAAAGGUACAGGAAAAUUAUAAUGAAGAAAGUUGGACUCCACUACCGGCUCAUUUCAAGAUUCCAGAAGGAGUCAAGAGAAUUAGUCAUUUAGUUUCGGGAGAGAUUGAGGGCGUUCUUGAUAUUGGAAAGAGUAUUGGUGGUGAGGGCGCAAAGAAGGAAAUUAAUGAAGGGGCAUUGCCGCAUUAUACUUAA